AUCUCCGGAAGGAAACUGGAAAUUACGUGAAAGCCCCAAAAUCUCGCUUUCUUUCUCGUGCGAUCCUCUCUCUCUCUCUCUGUCUCUCUCUCUCCCCCUCCCUCUCUCCCCGUGGAAUCCGAAUUAUUCUUCGGCAUCUCUCUCUGCGGCACGAGUCGUCAAGCAUCGGUUCCUACGGCCGCGGAAGAUUCGAAGUCCGCCAUCGCCAUGGCCACCGCCAUCGGAGCUCAAGGUGGGCAGCUGGUCGGCUAUUUCGAGGAUCUAUCAGUUCAGGAUCUGGAGGAUGAACAGAGUUCCGUGAGGUGUGGUAAGCAUGGAGAGGUGUGUGCUAUAUGCCUGGACAAGAUUGAGCUGGAGGAGACUGCUCUUAUAAAAGGUUGCGAGCACGCAUACUGCGUGACAUGUAUCUUGCGCUGGGCCACGUAUAAAGAGAAGCCAACCUGUCCUCAGUGUAAACAUCCACUCGAGUUCCUCAAUGUUCAUCGUUCACUUGAUGGGAGCCUUCAUGACUACAUGCUUGAGGAGAGUGUGUGCCUGCUUCUUCGAGCCAUGUGGUUCAAUCCCUUGGUCGUGGAGGACUAUGGGAAUAUGUACGAUGAUCUAGAAGACUACAUCCCUUACGAGGAUGAGACGUUUUAUGAUUAUGAUUAUAGUUAUGAGGACGAUGAUGGCAAUCUAGAUGAAGAUGACUACUUCAACGUCUCGCCUGGUCUUCGGAUUGGUAAUCGUAGAUGGGGAGAAAACGGGUAUGUGAGGGCCGGACGCCAAGAAGCCCGACCCAUUUGUCAAUCAAAUUUCUCUGAUUCAGGAUCUUCUAGCUCGUCAUCUUCCAGACAGCCCAAAAAGAAAGAGGCACCUAAAAAGGAAGCGACAGGGCGGAGGGCUAAGAGAGCGCUUAAGCGUGAGGCUGCAGAUAAAGCAGCUGCAGCCAAACGUGAGGUUGCAGGUAAGGCGGCUGCAGCCAAUCGUGAAAUGCAUCUAGCAGUGUCAGGUGGGGAGUGAACCGGUGUGUUUAGUCUGUUUGCUUCUUCAUUUGAAGCCGUAACCUUCUGUACAGUAAUUCCUCUAAAGUAAAAAGUGGUAGGUGGUUGUGUAGUGAUCUUUGUCAUCGAUGAGGUCCUCUGCGGCCAAAAAGAAAAAGAUAAGGUCUUCUGAGGUAGGAAUAAACAGAUGUUCUUCUGCACAUUAUAGUCUAUCGCUCGACAUGAACGCGUCGUGUCACUGGUUAUUUUAAAUGGGUCAAGAUGGGAGAAUUCCAAUUGUUGUUGAUGCCUGUAGUUCAAUGUUUGAUGGGAAUGAUAGCAUUAUGCCAGAUUCAAAUUUGCUGCA